CACACCUCAAAAGCCCAUAAGCACACACGGUGCAGAACCAACUCACAAAGAUCAUCGAAGUCACAAACUGACCAGCAAAGACGGAAGUCCUAGGGAGAAGAAACGAGAAAAGAGAGGAGACACCAUGAGAAGAAGAGAUGCAAUCAAAUUAGGAGCUCCUUCAGCGGAUUUCCUAGUGUGCUUCCCUCCUAGGACCCACUUAAAGCUGUUGCCAAAGCCGGUUAGUAGCCCGGCGAGACACUCGGAACCCAACAAACUCCACCCCCACUCCCACCCCCACCAGCAGCCACCACGGCACCGCCAUCGCCGGUCCAAAUCUUUCUCCAAAGGUGCCCAAGCAAGCCCUGUCUUAUGGGUCAAAACCAAGCAAAUUGGCCCGGUGACGUCCGAGCCGACCUCCCCAAAAGUCACGUGUGCCGGGCAGAUCAAGGUCAAGACCAAGACUGGAGCUUGCAAGAGCUGGCAAUCAGUGAUGGCAGAGAUCGAAAGGAUUCACAACAAUGACAAGCGUAAGAAGAGGCCGACCUGGGGGGAGGCGCUUGGCUUCAACAAGGACAUAAUGCAGUUCUUGACAUGUUUGAAGAACAUUAAGUUUAAUUUUCGAUGUUUUGGCUCUUUUCCUGAUGCACAGAUCACUAGUGAUGAAGAAGAUGAGGAAGACAACGAAUGUCGUGACCAUGACAACAACGGCGUGGCAAUAGACAGAAAUGAUAACAAUGAGACUUCAAGGCCCGUAUUCUCUAAAUGGUUUAUGGUGUUACAGGAGGGUAAUACCAAGAUCAAGGACCUAUCCAAGCAAGACAGGAAAGAGAAAGGAAGGUCUAGGGAUGAUGGGUCAUUGGAUGCACCUGUUGCUCCUCCGCCAAAUGCCCUGUUGCUUAUGCGGUGUCGGUCUGCUCCGGCAAAGGCCUGGCUGGUCGAAGGAGAAGAACAAGAACAAGGCGAGAUUUGUGGAGAUAAUGAGAUCGAGCAAGAAGUGAAUAGAGAAUUAGAGACCAAGAAGAACUUGCAAUUUUUAAUGGACGAGGCAAAGAGGGAAGAAGAAGAGGAGAGGAAGCAGAAAGAGUCCUUCAUGAUGAGAUACGAUGCAGAUUACUAUAAUAUUUCAACCGAUAUCGCAAAGGAAACUUGGGUAUCCGGCGGACUGAGAGAUGCGCUGUUGAGAAGUCGAAGUUCCAAGAGUUGAUGUUGGCAGCUAUAUGGUUUUUUUAUAUUUUGUUUUCUUCUUCCUUUUUUGCUUUCUUGUGGUUUGUUUCUCCAGAUACUGUCUUCCCAGGGGACAGAGGACUGCUAAUACCAAUCUCUGGAAGUAUUAUCGUUUUCGACCACGGUUUAACAUUGAUUGCAACUGUACAGCUUCCUGGAAUCCUAUCAGCAUCAGUGUAAAUCUCAGAUUGUACUCAUCGAUCUAUAUAAAGAUUGCGUUGCUUCGAUUGUUUAA